UGGCCACAGAGGUCACUCACUCACUAGAGUGCUGGUCGGAUGAUUCUGUGAUGGAGGAGUCCAGUGUGAGGAGGUUCAAGUACAUACGGAGGGGCCACUUGUUCACGGAAGACAGGGAUCCAUGAUGUCCGCCCCUGUACCUGAAACCAAGUCAUGUUUGAUUAGUGAAUUUGGGAGUCCUGCUGCCAACAGCAACCUCUUUAUGUUAUUAGGACUAAAUACUGCAAAUCUCAGUCUCAAGCCCUAUCAAAUCCGCAAUGGCCAGGUGGAAACGAAGAGGCCAGGAAUUGGUCAUUUAAAUCCUCUUAUCCACAUUGCCUCCACAAAGGGAUACAUAAAUCAUUGACCUUAAGAGUAUCAUCUCAAAUGCCAAAUUGAAAAAUGCCUAUAAAUGUUAGAGCCAAGCCGGCGCAGAGCAAACUGUCUGCUGUCUCAAAGAGCAGCACGCACGCAGAUGGCAAUGCAUCUCAUUCACGCUUUUCAAGGUCUGCAAAACAGGGCAAAAGUAAACAGGUCAAGACCAGUUCAACCCCAGGCUGCCGCUCAGGACUCGAACCUGGCUCAGUGUCUUCACCUGUUUCAAAAGUAUCUGGAGGUCAAGGAUCAAAGUCAGGGCUCUGUCCGAAGAAAUCUGGUAUAAUAACGACUAAACAGACCUAUGGUUCAGCCACAGCUCCGGGGGGUAAAACGUUGUCAAUGGAAAACAUUCAAUCUUUAAAUGCAGCUUAUGGCACUUCAGGCACAUACUCAUGUGAGCGAGAUGCUUUGGAACCCUCUGGCAGUUACCCCAAAGCCACCAUGACUCUUGGAAGGAACACCAUCCGCUCUUCGUACAGUGGCCGGGGUACGGGUAUGGCCAGCAGCCCAAAUAUAAACUCCACUGACCUGAAUCACCUGUCCAACCAAUAUGGCAAAGACCAAAAAUUUGGACCUGGAGGGACUUCCAGUCAACAGCACCAGUCUGGGAGACAUUCAGAUGCACUAGAUUUCACUGGCCACGAAGAAUCUCUUGCAUCUGAUCUCCAGGCUCAGCUGAGAGCGCUUCUGAGGGAAAACGACAGCCUAAGAAGAGAAUUGGAUGAAGGAAAGGAUGGAAGGACAGGUCACAGUUUUAACAACGUUAAUUCCUGGAGUUCAGAUAGCAAGAGAGACAAAUCCAUAAGGCGAGAGGAGGGAGCUCGAGCCUCUGCCCUUAAGGAUUAUCACAGGGCAGACCAAGACACUAUUCAGGCCCCAUUAACUGUGCAGGAGCUCCAGGAGGAACUAAGGGCUCACAGGGAGAUGAACAGCCGCCUUCAGCAAUCCCAUCAACCUGGGACACCUAGUUCCUGUCGUGACAUCCAUAUUGGCCAGGACCACAGAGGAGGGCUCAGUCCUAGCCACUUUCUCCGAGAAAGACCUAGCAAUUUCCACAGUCCUGGACCCAGGCAAAGCCCAAAAGUAAGCCCAUCCAAUACGUACAAUCCAAGGCAUCAGGAAGCUGAUGUCAUCAUUCACAGCUCUGGAUAUGGUGGUACCAGCCCAACAGCAACACAGCGACUCAGCCCAGUAAACACUCUUCAUCCUGGGCCAAAGCACAGCCCAAAUCAGGCAGUAGUCCCCAGCCCUGUACGACGCUGCAGUCCUUGCCAGGUGCCGGGGUGUGAUGGCUUCUCUUCACCACCGCUGCAGCCAUCACAUGAGAAUUUCAUCCACCUGCAGUCAGAGCACGAACGGCAGGCCAAGGAACUGUUCCAUUUGAGGAAAACCUUGGAAGAAAUGGAGAUAAGAAUUGACUCUCAAAAACAGACGCUGGGUGCCAGAGAUGAGAGCAUUCAGAGGCUCAUGGAGAUGCUUCAGGGCCAAGGUCAAUUUCACGGACAGUGGGUUCAUGGGCAGAGGACAGGCAUUUUAGCCAUGGCUGCACAAGAGGCUGAAGCACAAUUGGAAAGCAUGCACAUAAGAGAGGACACCAAGAUCUCUUCAUUGGAGAGGAACAUCAGAGACUUAGAAGAUGAGGUCCAGAUGUUAAAGACCAGCGGUUUGCUACAUCCUGAUGACAGGCAUGAUGAGUUCAAACAGGUGGAGGUCUACAAGAGCCAUUCGAAAUUCAUGAAGACCAAGAUAGAGCAGCUGAAGCAAGAGCUGAACAGGAAGGAGUCUGAGAUGCAGGCCCUGCAGACCAAACUGGAAACACUAACCAAUCAGAAUUCUGACUGCAAGCAACACAUUGAGGUGCUUAAGGAGUCCCUCAAUGCGAAGGAGCAACGUGCCAAUACACUACAGACAGAGGUUGAUGCUCUAAGGGUGCGUUUGGAAGAAAAAGAACAGUUCCUGACGAAGAAAAACAAGCAGCUUCAGGACCUGACUGAUGAAAAAAGCACUCUAACAGGAGAAAUCAGAGACAUGAAGGAUAUGCUGGAUGUCAAAGAAAGAAAGGUCAAUGUCCUCCAGAAGAAGAUUGAGAACCUCUUGGAUCAGUUAAAGGACAAGGACAAACAGCUGACUGGGUUGAAGGACCGGGUCCAAGGUCUUCAAACGGAUUCUAGCAACACAGAGACAGCCCUUGCCACGCUGGAGGAAGCCCUGUCUGAUAAGGAGCGAGUUAUUGAGAACCUUCGGGAACAGAAGGAGCGGGCGGACAGGGUGCAACUGGUGGAGUUGGAGCGACUAAGGAAGGACAACCAGGAAUUGAAGGACAAGCUCUCGGCCCUCCAACCACAGAAACCGUCCCCCAGCCAACCUGCUAUCCUGGGUCCAAACCAAAUCCAGAGGCCCGAUGGAGAGGUGCCAUCCAAAAUAGUUGCACAACCAGCUGUGAACUCAACGGCCCCAAACCCAGACGACACUAUGCGUAAUUGUCCGGACAUUGCAGAUCGUCUAAGGCUUCUCGAGCAGGAAGUGGCUCGCCACAGGGAGGAAUCUGGAAAGUCACAAGCAGAGGUCACCAGGUUAAUGGUGGCACUGAAAGAUGCUGAGAUGGACAGAUCUGGCAGAGAGAAAAGAAUAAAUGAUCUUGAGAGGCAAGUCAAGUCCCCUCAUAUCCAAAAACAGAUGGUGCCUGGUGAAAUAAGGAAAGAUGCCCAGCUUGAUGGACAUGCACACUCUUUAUCGCAGCUUCAGCUAUCAGCUUCCCAGGAUGCCAUGCAGGAGACAGCUGAACGGAUAGGGGAGUUGGAGAAGGCCUUGAGGGACAGUAUGAACACUUCUGCAAAUAGGGAGGUGCUAUGGGCUCAAGAAGAGAUGACCCGCAUUCAGGCCCAGAGACAGCUUGAAGAGCUGAUGGUGGCCUUGGAGAAGACACGCCAAGAAUUGGAUACGACAAAAAUGCAUCUAUCCUCCACUCAGCAGACCUUGCAUGAAAGAGACGGACAUCUCAGCAACUUGCGGCAGGAAAAACGCAAACAGCUGGAAGAGAUUCUGGAAAUGAAGCAGCAAGCUUUACUGGCAGCUAUCAGUGAGAAGGAUGCAAACAUAGCCCUUCUGGAGUUGUCUCCUUCGAAGCGGAGAAACCCCCAAGCGGAGGUUAUGGCUCUAAAGCGGGAAAAGGACCGGCUCAUGCACCAACUCAAACAACAGACUCAGAGCAGAAUGAAGAUGAUGGCUGAUAACUAUGAGGAAGAUCGCAUUCACCCUCAAAAUAAUCCCCACCUUUCCCACCACUUGCACUCAGCAAAUGUACAUCACCGAAGCCUCCCUAGACACCCCCAUGCCAACCACAGACGCCCUAUGGACCAGGAAGAUGAAGAGGGCAUUUGGGCAUAAUUCGGCAUCAUCGUUGGAACAUUAUGCCUGAGCAGCCAGGUAUCAGGAGAUCUAGCAGCUCCAGUGGUGCAUUCUGACUACAACUGCUUCCCCCACCCACAUCAUCUUUCCCACCACAUCAGGCGCAUUUCAGAACCCACCACUUAUAAGCACUUCUGUUAAGCUCCAAAUGUUGUCUUCUUCUUCACUGACCAAAUGCCAAGACUCUAAUGUGGAGGCAUGUCGGUCAUUAACGAUGGCCUUGGUGUAACAUGGCUUCCUGCCUUUAUUUCCUACUUGUUACGGUGAGUGGGGGAUUGUGGAUAGAACUCCAAUUUCAGGUCUAUGUUCUGGCUUUCAAUCAACUGACAAUUAAUACACCACAUUUGAUAAGAAUGUAGCCAAGCCAGAGCAAGUGGAAUCAUCUACAGUAUUAACAUCUGGUACCACUGGACGUAUGGACAAUAGUAAACGUGCUUACUUUUGGCUCAAAAUAUUGAACAUUUGUAACUAUCUCAACAUAAACCUCAUACACUCACACCCAACAAGACCUUCUCUAUCUCAUGUGCCAAUGGAGACACCCAAGUAUACAAAAACAUACUUCUGAUAUUGGACUGGAUCGGAAUCAUUCAUCUUCUAAACCAGGGGUGGGCAAACUAUUCUCCAAAGGGCCGCGAUGGGUGCGGGUUUUUGUUCAUACCCAUCAUGAGGACAGCCUUUCACCAAUUUACUUUCUUACAAGUGCAAUCAGUUGAUGGCAGUCAGGUACUUCUUGUUUCUGCUAAAACCUCAUUGGUUAAACUGUCUGUGCUGAAUCAGUUGGAACAAAGACCAGGAGCCACUGCAGCCCUCGAGGACCGAUUUGCCCACCCCUGUUCUAAACGUAAACCACUAACUGACCCACGUUUUGUUGGACAUUCUCAUGUUUGCUUCGUUGAAGAUGACCAAAAAAUGUUUGUUUUAUUGUUAUUUUUUUAUUAUUGGUGUUUUUGUUACAUUAUUUUAAUUUGAGUGCCACUGAGAAAUGUUUUAAAAAGUUACAUUUUUAUUUGUUUGUGUGUUUUUCUCUGGUGUGGUGCAUAAUAUUAAUCAAGAAACAGAUUUUAAGGUCUGAAAGUCAAAAUCAAGGACAAUCUGAUUUGGGCCUUAGAACUUAAGUGACACAAACCUUUAUUAUGCCAUCAAAAUGUAAAAAUUGAACAUUUUACUUGUGUAUCUUUCACUUUUUGGUGGCUACUAAGCAGAAUUUAACUGAAUAAUAAAAGAAGUAAAAAUGAACUUUUAAAUUGGGAUUAAAAAUUAUCAUUGGCAUCUGCAAUCUUAAAAAAAAGAAUAAGGACUUUGGAAAUAAAAAUGUUUUUUGAGUUCAUGACAACUACAUAACCUUGCGCGGUUUUUUGAACCAACCUUACAAAUCUUUGUUUCCAUUUUUCUACUUGCUCCACUGGAACAAAGAUAUGCUUUUUUUUAUCUGUCUAUAUGUGUGUGGGUGGUUUAGUGCUGCUUUCACCAUGGCUGUGAAUGUUUGUGGUGGGGUCACGGUAUUCACCCUUGACUUGUUCCACAGUGUUUUGCAGUGGUCAGCGUGUUUCCUGAUGUUUUAACAAAUGUUGCUUUUACAGGAACUAUGAGGUGUGUUUUAUGCGAAAUAAUGUCAAUAACAUUGACAUUGACAGUGUUUAGUGGUCAAAUGAAGUGCAACAAUGGCUAUUUUCACAAGAUUAAAGUUUCCCCGCCACUAAUGGCGGUCUCAACAAUAGCCUCUUGAAAUUUUUCCCAGUUUUCAUGCUCUACCAAUUCUCUCCAGAUCUCAUAAACUCAGCCAGAUGUUGCCCGAAAUUACUUCCUCAAAGAACAUGGGGGUGGGUAUGGAUAGAGGAGGGAGG